UAGUGUGUGUAUGUGUGUUUGUGUGCAGUUUAUCUAUAAUAAUGUUGUGGGCACGCGUUAUCUGGAAAGAGUUAGGUCAUCGGAUCUAUGAAGAUGUUAUCCCCAGAACUUGGAUAAACCGUGAAAAAGGUGUUAUUUAUUGGCCCGAUGUAAUAAAAGAUGAAAGAAAGGCAAUGGAAGGCAAAUUGGAAAUAAAAAUGUGGAAAGAAUUUACACUGAUCAAGUUUAUAAUUGAAAGUGAUGAUGAGCAAUUGUGUAGAGAUUAUGCAUUUUCAUCAGAAAGUGAAAGUGAAAAAAACACUAAAGAUGAUAAUGUAUCAAAUAAAUUGAUUGACUUUGCAGUUGCCCAAAAUUUGCCAGUUCCUCCUUUGCCAUUCAGAGGCAUUUGUUCAUCAAGCUUAGCAUCACAUCAUGUAGCUCCUCCAACUCAACUAUUAACUUCCUCUAGUCAACCAAAGCUCUUAUUAGACUUGUUUAGAAUACCAUCUUCUGAAUCAGGGUUGCAAAGUCAAAGUCAAACUUUCAAAAAUAAAACUAUUAAUUCACGUAAAGAUGAAAAUAUGGAUAAUAUAGCAUCUAAGAGAUGUAAACUUUCUAAUGAUGCUAUGAGUCUGGAAUCAGAUUUUGAAUCAGGUGGGAGUUCUGCACUCCAUUUAUCAGAAGAGUGUCUUAUGCCAUUAGCUAAAUAUCAAAAAAAAACCCUUUCGUUAUUAAUUGAGAUACGAGAUGGAAUAAAUACAUUAUUAAAAGUUAACAAAAAUAAUGAAAGUUCGAAUGAUGUAAAUAUGAUAAUGGAUGUUGAAACAUUGGAAAUAGAAAAUAAUAGAUUAAAGAACAUGGAUGUAAAGAAGAUUUUGGUGGAAAAGCUAAAAGCUAUUGGUGGGGAUAAUUUUGAAAGACAUACACGCAACAUAAUAACAAAAUUAUUCAGUGUUGAACUACGCUCGAAAAUGAAUAUGAAGGGAAAAGACCGAAAAGGUUCUUUAACAACAAAGAUUGCAUUUGAUAAAUUAGAGUACAGUAGUGUAAUUUAUGGUGAGAUGCAGUUAUGUUUAAAUGGAACAAUGCCGAUCAAAGUUCGAUCCGAAAAAUUAUAGCAAACAAGUUGAAAAAUGCACCUGCAGAGUUAAGACUUUCACCAAAAUAGCAUUAAUUUAUUUUAUUUUUUUAUAUAUAUAUGUAUAUUGUUUUAACAGAAAGAUCAACUCAAACUAAAAA